CGAACGAACUCUUCUUCUUUCUUCUCUCUCCCUCACCAAAACCAUUUCGAUUUCAGUUUGUUGCCAUUGUUCGCCAAUUUCCCAGCUCAAACUCACAGAAAUAAUAUAAUAAUGGCGUCUCUCGACAGCGUCCCGCUAAGUACUCUUCAAGUUGGCUAUGGCGCUCGAAGAAAUUCGACGCUGAUUUGCGCGCCGGUGAUGGCGGAAUCGGUUGAUCAGAUGGUGGAGCAAAUGCGAAAGGCCAAUCAACUGGGUGCUGACCUUGUUGAACUAAGAGUGGACUUCAUGAAGAAUUUUAGACCAAGACAUGAUCUUGAAAUCCUAAUUCAAUAUUGUCCUUUGCCAACUCUUGUCACUUAUAGACCGGUAUGGGAGGGUGGCCGGUAUAAAGGUGACGAGCGCAAGCGACAAGAAGCGCUGCGCAUAGCCUUGGAAGUUGGGGCUGAUUACAUUGAUGUUGAGCUUAAGGUGGCUCAUGAGUUCUUUGAUUACAUUGAAGGGAAAAAACCGGACAAGUCCAAAAUAAUUGUUUCCUCACAUAACUAUCAAAAUACUCCUCCUGUCGAGGAAAUUGGUGAUCUGGUGGCUAGAAUACAGGCAACUGGAGCUGAUAUAGUGAAGAUUGCAACAACUGCCUUAGACAUCACCGAUUCCGCCCGUGUUUUUCAAGUACUUGUGCAUUGCCAGGUGCCAAUGAUAGGACUUGUUAUGGGGGAGAAGGGUUUGAUCUCACGUGUGCUUUGUGCGAAAUUUGGCGGAUUUCUCACUUUCGGUUCACUUGAGGCGGGGUUCAUAUCGGCUCCUGGACAACCAACUUUAAAAGAAUUGUUGGAUUUGUACAACUUCAGACAAAUAGGAUAUGAUACCAAAGUACAUGGUGUGAUUGGAAAUCCUAUUGGUCAUAGUAAAAGUCCUCAUAUUUAUAAUGCGGCAUUUAAAUCUGUUGGUUUCAAUGGUAUCUAUUUGCCUUUAUUGGUCGAUAGUGUUACAAGUUUCCUGGACACCUAUUCAUCCCCUGAUUUCGUUGGAUACAGUUACACCAUUCCCCACAAGGAGGCCGGGCUUAAAUGUUGUGAUGAGGUUGAUCCAAUUGCCAAGGCAAUAGGAGCGAUUAAUUGCAUGAUCAGGAGGCCGACAGACGGGAAGUUGAUGGGCUAUAAUGUGGACUAUCUUGGAGCAAUUUCUGCCAUUGAGGAAAGACUAAAAGGGUUAAAAGGCACAAAUCAUGCAUCUGGUUCUGCCUUGGCUGGUAAGCUGUUUGUGGUUAUAGGAGCUGGCGGUGCGGGGAAGGCACUUGCAUAUGGUGCAAAAGAAGAAGGAGCAAGAGUAGUAGUAGCGAAUCGCACAUAUGACAAGGCCAAAGAACUUGCAAGUAAAGUUGGAGGUGGGGCUAUCACUCUUGCCGAGCUAGAAAAUUUCCGUCCCGAGGAUGGGAUGAUUCUUGCGAACACUACAUCUGUCGGAAUGAAACCAAGAGUAGAUGACACACCCAUACCCAAGAAAGCUUUGAAACACUACUCUCUGGUAUUUGAUGCUGUUUACACCCCAAAGUUGACCAGACUCUUACGAGAAGCACAAGAGUCUGGAGCAGCUAUUGUUUAUGGGACAGAGAUGUUGGUUAAUCAAGCAUUUGUACAGUUUGAGAGAUUUACUGGUUUCCCUGCACCAAAGGAACUGAUUAGGGAUGUCUUGGCAAGAAAUGCAUAAAGAAUGAACUUGUUUUGAUACCCUUUAGAAAAAUAUAUAUAUCUUCAA